AUUGCUCAUAACCCCGCGAUAGUCCUCUCCUUCCCAAUGUCCUCACUCUUCAGAUCCGUCACAAGACUCUCAUCCCGCGCCGCCGUCCGCUCAACACCACACAUCAUAACUAAAUUUCACAUCCAGCCUUUCAGUGUCAACGCAGCAAAGAUGUCUGAGCAAUCCAUCGUCUUCACCAAGAACGCCCCGGCCGCUCUUGGCCCCUACUCCCAGGCCAUCAAGACCCCCACCGCAAUCUACUGCUCCGGCCAGAUCCCCCUCACCCCCGAGGGCACCUUCGUCGAGGGCUCCGUCACCGACAAGACCAAGCAGUGCAUCUCCAACCUCAAGGCCGUCCUCGUCGAGGCCGGCUCCUCCAUUGAGAAGGUCGUCAAGGUCAACAUUUUCCUCGCUGACAUGGACGACUUUGCCGAGAUGAACGGCGAGUACGAGAAGUGGUUCACCCACAAGCCCGCCCGCAGCUGCGUCGCCGUCAAGACUCUGCCCAAGAACGUUGACGUUGAGAUUGAGUGCAUUGCCCUCCCCUAGAGGCAAGGCUUAUCUUCUAGGAGAGCUCGAUCUGUGAAGGGAUGAGCAUCUUCUAUAGAUCUCAAUGAAUACCAAAAAUAAAAAUAAAAAAUUAAACAUCCAUUCAGAC